AUUUGUAAGACAUGAAAGCCUGGAGAAUUCUUUUUCUAAUUGUUGCACUUUUUGCUUCUGCUACUGCAGAAUGGAGCAAAAUUGAUUGCUCUGAUAAAGAUGUUGUGAAGGCGAUUUACGAAGCCGAGCAGUACCUUAAAAAGCUAAUGCAACAGGAAGCAACGUACCACGUUGACCAUUCUCUGAAAUGCAUGCAUGACAGUUCAGUUGAUAAGGAUCUGUAUGGUCUGAGCCUCUACGGAAAGGACACCACCAGAACGGCUUAUGUCCACAAUGUGGUCGUGUCCAAGGAUCUCAGUGGAGAUUUCCACGUUGAGAGCAAGCAACUGAUCAGCACUAAAACUGCAGCUGAAUUAAACUCCUAUCCUUACCAGAACAUCUUGUUCUAAUGCCG